AUGUUUCGCAUUGAACAGGGUUCGAUCGACCUAUCCUUGGUGUGUGAGGAGGAGAGAAGGGGAGGGGAGCGGGGCAACGAUCGUGGCCGGGACAGGGACUACGACAGGGGCUCAUAUCGCCAAGGUGAGUGUGCGGGGCUUUUGGGUGAAUGGGGAGAAGGAAACAACGUUCUAUAUUGGACAGCGGUGUUGGACCUAACCUUUCCGUCCUUUGUGCCGCCCUCGCCGUCUGACUCGCGCCUGCUGUCGCCGUGGGAUGGCGGAGGAGGCAGCACACCUUCUGUUGGUGGUUCAGUGUGGGAUCUCCCGUCCCCCUCUCCCGUACCUGUGAGGGCAGGCUCGGCCACGCCUGUCUCGCAGGGUCGGGACGGGGAGGAGAGGGAGGGAAGCGUGCAAGCAGAGGGGGGAAGGGCUCGGCGGUCGCACAAGCUUCGGUUCCGAGCGGACUCGUCAGCUUCGGAGGGCGGUGCGAGCACACGCCGAAGCACAGCAGGAGGCCAGGCGCCAUCGCAGCAGGAGAGCGAGUGGGACACGGAUUACCGUGCUGACAGGGAGGCGGGGGAGGGAGGGGGGGCAGGCGCGGAGGAGGAUGAGGGCCUGCGCCGGGAGAUGGAGGAGGCGGAGAGGCAGGCCGACCGCUCCUGGUACGACUCGGAGGAGGCUGGAAGUGUUUUCGACUCCGGAGAGGGAAGCAACCCGUUUGGGGGAUUCGGCGACGAGCAAGCGUUUGAAAAGAAGGAGGAGCGCAAGAAGGAAGCAGCGGCGAGGCAGCAGCGCAUGGUGCGGUCAGACGGGUCGGCCAUGUCUCUGGCGGCCAGCAAGCGCCUCACCCAGCUGUCGGCGGACCAGGCGUCGUGGGAGGACCGGCAGCUCAUGCGGUCGGGAGUGGUGCGCAACGCUACAGAGCUCUCCACGGACAUUGACGACGAGGAUGAGAACCGCGUGCUGCUGCUCGUGCACGACACGAAGCCACCGUUCCUGGACGGGCGAAUCGUGUUCACGAAGCAGCAGGAGCCGGUGAUGCCGCUGAAGGACCCCACGUCCGACAUGGCCAUCAUCGCCCGCAAGGGCUCAGCGCUAGUCAGAGAGAUUCGGGAGAAGCAGCAGCAGAACAAGAGCAGGCAGAAGUUCUGGGAACUUGCAGGAAGCAAGCUGGGGAACAUUCUCGGCGCCAAGAAAUCUGCCGCUGAUGUGGAUGCGGAUACAGCCAAGGUGGACGAGGAGGGCGAGGUGGACUAUAAGGACAAUGUGAAGUUCGCCGACCACAUGAAGAGCACGGGCGGCGCUGCCAGUGACUUUGCCAAGAACAAGUCGAUAGCCGAGCAGCGCAUGUACCUGCCCAUCUACUCUGUCCGCGACGAGCUCCUGCAGGUGAUUCGCGAGAACCAGAUUGUGGUGGUGGUGGGCGAGACAGGCUCCGGCAAAACAACACAGAUGACGCAGUACCUGCACGAGGAUGGCUACACCACAUACGGCAUGGUGGGGUGCACACAGCCGCGGCGAGUGGCAGCAAUGAGUGUGGCGAAGCGCGUGGCGGAUGAGAUGGAGUGCGAGCUGGGGUCCACCGUGGGCUAUGCCAUUCGGUUCGAAGACGUCACCAGCAGCAACACGCUCGUGAAGUACAUGACGGAGGGAGUGCUGCUGAGGGAGUCACUGAGAGAACCGGACCUCGACCAGUACAGCGCCAUCAUAAUGGACGAGGCGCACGAGCGGUCAUUGAACACGGACGUGCUGUUCGGAGUGCUCAAACACGUGGCGGCGCGGCGCCGGGACUUCAAGCUCAUCGUCACCUCCGCCACGCUCAACGCUGAGAAGUUCUCCCACUUCUUCGGCAGUGUACCAGUGUUCUUCAUCCCAGGGCGCACCUUCCCAGUGAGCAUCAUGUGGAGCAAGUCGCCCUGCGAGGACCCUGUAGACGCGGCAGUCAAGCAAGCGCUAGCCAUCCACGUCACCAUGCCACCUGGCGACAUCCUAAUCUUCAUGACCGGCCAAGAAGACAUCGAAGCCACUUGUUUCUCUCUCGCUGACCGCCUAGAGCAAAUGGCGGCCGGCGCCGCCCGUCCCCCGCCGCCCCUUUCCAUCCUCCCCAUCUACUCCCAGCUUCCGGCCGAUCUCCAGGCUAAGAUCUUCCAAAAAGCCGAGGAAGGUACCAGGAAAUGCAUCGUGGCGACGAAUAUCGCCGAGACGUCGCUGACCGUUGAUGGGAUCUUGUACGUGAUCGACGGUGGAUACAGCAAGAUCAAGGUCUACAACCCCCGCAUGGGUAUGGACGCGCUACAGGUCUUCCCCAUCAGCCGAGCCGCGGCCGACCAGAGGUCCGGCCGAGCCGGACGGACAGGUCCGGGAACGUGCUACCGGCUGUACACAGAAACCGCCUACGCGAACGAGAUGCUGGCAAAUCCAGUCCCGGAGAUCCAGCGCACGAACCUCGGGAAUGUCGUGCUGCUGCUGAAAUCCCUCAACAUCGACAACCUCCUGGAUUUUGACUUCCUUGACCCUCCUCCUCAGGAGAACAUUCUGAACUCCAUGUACCAGCUUUGGAUCUUAGGAGCGCUGGACAAUACCGGAGCACUGACCAAGACGGGGAGGCGGAUGGUGGAGUUUCCUUUAGACCCUGCUCUGGCGAAGCUGUUGAUAUCCGGGGAUCAGUUUGGGUGUGUGAACGAGACGUUGACCAUGGUCGCCAUGCUCUCGGUGCCGUCGGUUUUCUUCCGCCCCAAGGACCGCGAAGAGGAGUCUGACGCUGCCCGGGAGAAGUUUUUCGUGCCCGAGAGCGACCACCUGACUCUCCUAAACGUCUUCCAGCAGUGGAAGUCCAACGGGUAUCGCGGCGACUGGUGCUCCGACCACUACCUCCACGUGAAAGGCCUGAGGAAGGCCCGGGAGGUGCGAGCCCAACUAGCCGAUAUCCUCAAGCAGCAGAAGAUUCCGCUGUCUAGCGCGGGGCAGGACUGGGAUGUGGUGCGGCGGGCGAUCUGCACGGCGUAUUUCCACCACGCGGCGAAGCUGAAAGGCGUGGGGGAGUAUGCGAGCUGCCGCACCGGCACUCCCUGUCACCUGCACCCCACGAGCGCGCUUUACGGGCUCGGAACAACCCCGGAAUAUGUGGUUUACCAUGAGUUGGUGCUGACUUCGAAGGAAUACAUGCAGUGUGUGACGGCUGUUGAGCCAAGAUGGUUGGCGGAGGCCGGGCCGAUGUUUUUCAGUGUGAAGGAUAGUCAUCAGAGCAGGCUGCAGCAGAAGCAGAAGCUGCGGGAGGAGGCGAGUGCGAUGGAGCGGGAGAUGGCGGAGGCGAGGCGGAAGAGGGAGGUGGAGGAGGAGAUGAGACGCAGGAAGGACGAGGAGCAGACUGCAAAGGAGGCUGAAAGGAUUGUGAUGCCGGGGGUUAAAAAGGGGCGCGGGACGGUGGGCAGGCGUGCUGGCGGAGACGCCUUCCUCCUCUUCUACCGCGCAUCAACGCGCACGGUCCACAGUAUUCAGGGCAACGGCCGCUGCCCCGCCGCGCUCUCGCUCUCCCACCUCGCCACACUCGGUUUCUCCCCCGCGCACCCGCUUCCCCCCUUCCACCCCCUCACGGUCACCGUCCCCGGCGCCGCCGCCUGCUGGGCCGACGCCAUCCAACGGUUCGGAUCGCGCCACGUGUCGCUCCGCGAGGCGCUCGAGCCGGCCGUACAGCUGGCGGAAGGCGGUUGGCCCGUGCCGCCGCUGACAGCUGGACAGUGGGAGAGAGGCGUGGAGCAGUUGAAGCAGGGAGGGCCACAUGGCGGCGAGCUAUUGGUGGACGGGGAGAGGGCGCCGAGGGCUGGCGAGGUGAUGAGGAACCCGGGCAUGGGCAACACGCUGAGGCUGCUGGGAGGUACGUUGACUGCUGGGAGGUACGUUGACUGCUGGGAGGUACGUUGA